AUCAAUAUACACCUUACUGGGGCAAUGUUUUCUAGAAGUAUAAGGGACGCUUCAAAGAGACAGGUGAAGCUCUUGCGGAGAUAUAACCAUCACGACCAUGGCCACCAUGAGCCUGUCAAGGAAACCGAAAUCAAUUUGGCCAAGGUGUUUGGCAUUGCUGUGUUGGGAGGUGUUUCAUUGAUCUUUUAUAAAAACUAUAAAGCUGGUAAUGACCCCAUCGUUCGUACCAAGUUGUACAACGAGGUGGAAGAAAGACCCAACUUGAGAAACGAAAACUACUUGAAGAGAUACCAGACGUCUUUCAUCAAAGGAUAUAUUAGAGAUAAAGGUGGUGUUGGACAGAAACAAUACAACAGAAUGGCAGAGGGAGCUUUACCAGUGAAUUUGAUACCUACCCAUUCAACAGACGGUAACCAGUUUGGUUCUGGUAUCAAGUUGGGAGAGUUGGGUCCAAGAAGGGAGAAUAUCCAAUAUUUCAGUCCGUUGAAGUAAACACCCGUAUGUGAAUUACAUUUACGUUGCAUAUUUAUUUAAUCAUGAUAUCUGUUAUGGUAGAGAAUAAACAUUAGAACAAACUGGGAAGUGGCACAAGUGAGUGAUGUAGUGAUAUACUUUGCUUGAACCUGGAGAGUGUGAUCCAUGUAUGUAUUGCUGUACUUUGUUUAAGUUUCACCGGAUAUUAGAACCGCAAGGAAAGGCGCUGCCUUUGGGGUAGGCUGGAAGAACGUCAUUUCCGAAGUGUAACUCGCAAUGGCUCAUACUUCUAUUAGC